AUGAAAGAUUUUUACUCUACUGAAGAUUCUUUACCUAGCGUAAAUAAAAAUGAUUUAAAAAUAGAUCGCUAUGAAGCAGGAAACUCCUUAAGAGAAAAAAAUUUACAACAAUCAAAUCUUUAAAAGCUGUAAUUUUACAAUAACAUUCAAUUUCCAAAAAAAGAAGAAAUAAAAUGCUAAAUAAAUAAUAGAUCAAAACGCAUCCUAAGUUUCUCAUGUCCAUCUGAGGAUACGUAUGACUUAUAAGAAAAAUAAAACACAUAAUAAAACAAUUUUAAUUAAUGCAACAAACCCUCAUUUAAUAUUUCUGAUUAACAAUCAAAAAAUUUAAAGUAAAACAUAAUCUAUGAAAAAUCACAUACUGAGAACACUGUAUCAAGAAAGUAUAAAUUAUAACUCAAAGAUAAAAUUUCAGAAUAGUUAAAUGCUCACUCAAAAUAAAAAAGUUUUGUUAAAUAAAAUCAAAGCCAAAAAGUUUCUCUUGAUAUUUAUCAAAACCCUGAAGAUGAAGUUCAUUUAAAAAAAAAUUAAAGUAUCUAAAUUGAGAAUUCAGAUUUAAAUAUAAUUAACAACAAAAAAGAAAGAGUACUUUUCCCUAAUUUUGAUAAGAUAUCACCUCUUGAAUACAGAGGGAUAUCGUCUUCUUUAAAUUCUAGUAUUAUUUAAAAGUAAUACUCAAAAGGAAGGGACAAAUUUUCUUUAAGAAGCGAAAUUUAGUAAAUAGGAAAUAUGUUUGUUUAUAAAUCUGAGCUAAGUUCUUCAAAGUUACCAUACUUAAGAGAUUCAAUUCAUGAUUAAGACAAUAAUGGGUUAAGAAAUAGUUUAAUCGCUUUAAGCAAGUCAACGUUAUAGUAAGUUCAAAAAAAUAAUAGAACUACUUCAAUUACUAGGCAACCAACUUUUGAUUAAGAACAAUCAUUCUGUAAUAGUUAAAAAUAAAUAAACUGUGCUAUGUAAAAUGACACAGAUUAAUUAAAAAUAAUUCAAAAAAAAUUAAACUACUCUGAUAGAAAACUGGCUGUAUUAAAAGUGCUUAAGAACAAAAUAAAAAAUAGAUAAAAUAGUUUACCAGCAACUCAAUUAAUGAUUAUAAAUUCUAAAAAUUAAUAUAAUGAGCAUUAAGAAAAUAUAAAUUAAAAUAAUUCAUAGAUAUUUCCAACAUAAUAUGAAUAGUAAAAUGAAGAAAAACGUGAAAAAAAUUUAUAGAGCAGCUUGGAAUAUUUAGAAAACAGCUAAAUAGAAGAUAAAAACUAGCUCUCAAGACUACUUAUGAAGUAGUAGCCUUUGAGAUUACACGAAUAUAGAAACCAAAGUUAAAUCAUUUUUCAGCAAGUUUCUCCAACAAAAAAUUAAGAAGAAAAUGAUUGCCCAUAAAAAUAUUAAAGGAAAAGAAUCAAAACUUAAUGUUCGAAAUAAAAUAUGCUACAGAGUUUGGAGAAAUAAAUAGAUAAUAAAUCAUUACUUAUCAAAAAAAGCUCUAUAGACUCCUAAUUUAUUUAUCCAAUAAUAACUCAAAGACCAUCAUAACAAAAUACUAAGCAGAACAGUCCUUUUAAAAAAGAGAGCUUAUCUCCAAUAACAUAUCUUAAAAAUAAUUAUGAUAAAGAGGAAGAAAUUUUAAAAAGCUGCUAAUAGUAUAUUGCAAGGCUUUUUAAAAGAAGAGAACAUAAUUUAAAAAAGAAAUCUGCAUAAAGAAACAUGGAUAAUGAGGUAACAGAUAAAAGUAAUUAACAAUUAAAAUAAAAGAAAAUGAAAUAAGAUAAGAUUUUGAAUGAUCUCCAUAGCCUAGAGAAAACUUAUGAAGAUAAUUUUAACUAAGAUUUUGAGCAGCUUUAAAAAUAUUAUGACUAAAAAUACUUAUAAAAUAACCAUGCUGAUAAUUUUAAAGGAGUAAACGAAUAAAAAUGUUAAUCUCCAAAAAAUAAAGAUAAAUCACCAGAAAAAAAUAAACUUUAAUUAACAUAAUCAAUUUAAAAUGAAGAUUUCCUCUAUCAAAAUGUAAAAAAAAUCAAAUCUAAGAAAAAACCAAUCUAUCAGAAUGAUGAAUAAGGUGCAACUUAAAACUUUUAAGACUUAAAGCCUUGGAAUGAUUUAGAACAAAACAAAACUUCUCUUUCCUUUUUUCAUAAAACAAUAUUUGAUCCUGACCAAGAGAAAAAUAUUCGUAAUAGUUAAAAACUUUAUUGA